UUUAUACACUCCCUUCGCCCAAACCGGAAGAACUGUUUGCUCUUCGACAGAUAGCAAACCCAUCAGCGGGCCCACAAACAGACAUGCCGCCAUGGAAAUCGCUCUCCCUCUCCCGGAGAAGACGAAGAUCGUCACCGGAGGAUCCGAAUGGCCAGACCCAACCCGAAAACGACUACCCAAACGAGCCCGAGAAUCUCGCGGGCUCGCCGUCGUGGUCGUCCCUUCUCCCGGAACUCCUCGGCGAGAUCGUGCGGCGCGUGGAGGAGAGCGAGGACCGGUGGCCGCAGCGACGCAGCGUUGUGGCUUGUGCCGGGGUCUGUAAAAGAUGGCGGAAGGCGACGAAAGAGAUCGUUGAGUCUUCUUCAGGAGUUGGUGAUUUUGAUGAUUAUGAUGAUAAUGGCGGAGAAAUCACUUUCCCCUCUUGCCUGAAACUGGCGGGUCCACGCAAUUUUCCGAAUCAAUGUCUCAUAAGGAGGGAUAGGAAGACAUCAACGUUUUACCUCUACCUUGCUCUUGCACAAUCAUUCACCGAUAGGGGGAAGUUUCUUCUCGCUGCGCAUAGACAUAGACGUGGUCUAUACAUAGAUUACAUAAUCUCAAGUGAUGCCGAAGAUCUAUCUCAACAAAGCAAUUCGUAUCUCGGGAAAAUCAGAUCGGAUUUGUUUGGAACCGACUUCAAGAUCUAUGACAGCCAAUCUCCCCACGAAGAUGCAAAGCCUUCCAGCUGCAGAGCUAGCCGAAGAUGCACAAGUAGACAAGUAAACCCUCAAGUUUCAGCAGCAGCAGCAGCAGCCAAUUUCGAGGUGGGAAGAGUUUCUUACAAGUUCAACCUCUUCAAAACAAGAAGUCCAAGAAGAAUGGUCUGUUCAGUAAAAUGCCCGUCUUCUCGAGAAAACCCUAACUAUCUGGAAGCUUCUGAGGCAGAUAAGAAGCCCGAGUUUGCGGUUUUGAAGAACAAAGUUCCGAGGUGGCAUGAGCAGCUCCAAUGCUGGUGCUUGAACUUUCACGGCCGCGUCACUGUUGCCUCGGUGAAAAACUUCCAGCUGGUGGCAUCAAUGGCUCCGACCCAACAGCGAGGAGGCGCGAAGUCAGGCUGGGACAACGUCGUGUUGCAGUUUGGAAAGGUCGGAGAUGAUAUAUUCACAAUGGACUAUAUGCAGCCAUUGUCGGCCUUUCAAGCCUUUGCCAUCUGCCUCACCAGCUUCGGCACCAAGUUGGCAUGCGAGUAAGAAAAUUAAUUUUCUUCUCUUCUCUGCGUAAAUUUUGGUGUUUCAUAUGUAUCUAUCCAUUCCAUAUACAUGCGUACAUGUUCGUUUUAUUGCCAGACUUGUUUGCUGUUCUUUGAUCAGAUAUAUAUUGGUAUAUAUACACAUGUUGAAUGUAUUUACCCA